GUGACAGGAGUAAAAAUAUUUGACGUUUAUAAAUAAUAAUAAAUUCCACAUUUUUUACUCAAAACAUGUAAAAAAAUGCUUAUUUUGAAUAAACAUCGUUUUUAUUCAAUUACGUAAACUCCAGAUUUGUUAACCCAGAGCUUCGAUUGAUCAAAAUGCCAAAACCUGGAAUUAGUUUUUUAAGUGCAAUAUGGAGUUAAAAGUUUGGGUCGAGGGCAUCCAGAGGAUAGUGUGUGGAGUGACCGAGACAACAACAUGUCAGGAUGUAGUGUUUGCUUUAGCUCACGCUACAGGCAAAUCAGGCCGAUUCACACUUAUAGAACGGUGGAGGAACAAUGAACGACAGUUGGCCCCCAAUGAAAACCCACUCAAGAUUUUGAUGAAAUGGGGCGAGUACUCAAACGACGUCCAAUUCAUCCUCCAAUGGAACGAAAGCAAACCCAUGACACCAACAACCAAACCAAAAACCUCAUCAUCAGCCAACAUCAUAGUGGAAUCCCCGCAAAAAUCCCAAGUCGGCGUUGUGAAAGGUGUCCCCCAUAUAAAAACACUCGAAGUGCGUGAAACUCAAAAUUCACCGAAAAAAUCUGAAUCUCCUAGUCAUAGAAUCCACCCUUUAGCACCGCCACCUUACCGCGACCCUCCACCCCCCAAAAAAAACAUCCUCCAAGAGUCAAAUAAAACACACAAAUUACAGGAAUCUGUACUGUAUAAUGCACAAUAUAGGGAAUUAAUCGCCCUUAUUAAUUACCAGAGAGAGAAGUUAUCCAAUCAGCAAGCAGAUCUCACAAAAUUUGACGCGGAAAUUGUGUUUUGGGAGAGUAAAGAACGUGAAAAACAAAUGCAAUUGGAGUAUAUUUCGCAGGAAAUUCUCGCAAUGACUAAUGCAACGAAAAUCAAUCAAGAUCAGAUUCAGGCAUUGAAUUAUAUUGAGGAAGAGUGUGAAAUCGUGAAACAACAAGAGAAAACACUCAAAUCUGAAAUAACUCUUUUACGCUCUAAACUUGCAAAUUGUGAAACUGAACUUUUACAAUGUAAAAAUAAAAUUCGUUUAGUAAUGGAUGAAUUACAAAUGGAACAACGAGCGUUAUCACGUCGUACCGAAUCACGUAAACAAAUGGAAAAAAAUCUUUUAGUUGAAAUGGAACGAUUACAAAGAGAUAUUGAGUUGGCAAAACAAAGCACUGAAUUGCAUCAUUUGACUGCUGAAACCCUCAAAAAAGAAGUUGCUGCACUCGAGACGGCUAUAAUAGAAAAGAAAAAACAAGUGGAAUUGCUUGUGACUGAAAUGAAAGAAGCGAAUUUACAAAGUUUGACUAUAGCGCCACCAGAGGAUUUACGCGCCAUUUUGGAAGGUCCUAAUAAUAAGGGAAGUACCCGAAAAAUGAUUGGUUCCCCACGCCAAUUAGAAAAUGCAGUACCAACCAAUAAAAACCCACAUGGAGUUUGGGUUUAAAAUUGUAGUCAUUUUAGCUUACCUCUAGGCGUGUUUGAUUAAUUUUCAAGUCUGAUAGUUUGUAUUGACGCCAUUGUGUUAUUUAUUGUUAGGUGAUUGGAGGAUUUUUACUUACACAUUUGUUACAUUUAUUUUAUUUUACACUGCCAUAAUGUGUGUAGUCUUGCAUCA